CUCAGUGUUUCUUGAUCCAAAGAUAAUGAGCCACUGAGCCACUGAGCCACCACCUGCCGCACUUGACGGUUGAAGUCAUGUUGCUCGCCGAGGAUCCCGCAGGAUUCUGUGCGCGAGCAGACUUUCUUCAAAAACUUGUGGGUCCUGCCUUGGGUGGAGUGGCCAGUCCUCCAGUGCUAUGGGUUGCAGCUUCUGGCAUGAAGAACCUCACAGAGCCUGGACCAGACUUGCCCUUGUGGUGGGCCGGAGGAGCAUGGCACCAGUUCAACGAGAGCAAGGCCUUUGGAGCUGCCUACAUCCCGCGGAAGUUUGAGCCAGCCUGGCGCUGUGGCUCAGUCUUGUCUCACCUCGCACCAAGCAGUAUCGAGGCUGGUCCUGGAGAAGUUGUCGCGCCGCCGGGCGGCUCCGAUGUGAUGCAGGUCAUGCGAGUGUUGCUGUGUCAGCAGGGUGACAAGCUCUGGAGCAAGCCACUGACAGGAGGAGAGUGGCGUGAAUGUCCGUACCGUUUGCACCUUGAUGUAAGACGCGUCAAGGCCCUAGAGCUUCUGGGAGGACGAAGGUAUUUGUUCCUGUUUCAAGAAGCGCAAGGCAUCCCCUCUGGACUGGACACUGUGUUGAUGUAUGACCUUUGUCGGAAUGAAUGGCGACCUCCCACCGCUGCGCGGGCGACUGCUGCGGGUCAUCAAGAAGAGGUCAAUUGGCAAACAAUGAACGGGCCCAGAUCGACAGCACCAUUGAAGGCUUGGGUGUUGGAAGCCAGCAUGGACUACGUGGUGCUAAUGGCUCCAGUGUGCAGAGAUGGCUUUCAACGAGUUCCAGAGAAGGACAACUACACAGCCCUGUACUUCAUUGGCUGUCGGGGAGAGGAGGUCAUUCACCACCUACCAUGCUUGGUCCACAAGUUGACCGUGCAGAGGUAUGACCGAUACAUGCUGCUGGUGAAGGAUUCGGGUGAUGAACUUUUGGACUUCCCGGAAUAUCCAGCAGACUAUGUGGACACCUGCGGAUGGCUUCUGGAUGCAGAAGACUGGGCGGCUGGGCCUUUGCCCGUGCUCCUGCCUUCAGACAAUGCUGCCUGGGGCUAUGGCACAUGGUCAAUGGUCAUAGCUCGAGGAGCUUUGGAGGACAAACCAGACCUGCGAUUGGACAUGGCACCACGGAUAUAUUUGCUGGAGGAUGAUGCCGACUUGAGAAUUUGGACCACACGCAGAAUCGACGACCUGAACGCUGGUCUUCAGCCACCGACUUUCGAAAGUCGAUCUCAGUUUCACCAUUUGAUUCAUUUUCCCAUGGAGCCCGACGAGGUGGGUCCUCGUUGUCUUGGUGGAAACUGGUCCCUGUGGGCGCCAGAUUUGCAGUUCGCUGCACGCAUCAACCGCGGAAAGAUUUGGUACUGGAGAUGCGAUGUGGUGUAUGAAGAUUCCCUGACCUUGCUGAAAGUGGCUUGAUCAGAGAUUGCAAAGACCUUGCCUAGGCUGUUGCCGUGAAGAAAAGCUUCACUAGCAGAGGACUGACAAGCUGCCAGUCAUUCUGCAGGCAUGGAAAGGCCAUUGGAAAA